CAGGACAACGGAGGGAAGCGUCUGUCAAUCAGGAAUCAGAGCAGCAGCUGAUCCGCAGAAUCGAGUCUCCUGGUUUGUUUCCUCAGACAUGGCGGACAAACACCAUGACAGAGCAGAGGCGGAUGCAGAGGACACUGAUGAGCUUCUCUACACUGAUCUGGAUGUCAGCAGCAGGGUGUUGGACCUGGAGCCUCGGCCUCUCAGACUGGAUCACUGUGACCUCCUGAUGGAUGCCAUCGAUGCUCAGCUCGGUCAACUGCAGGUCCAGCCCCACAAACAUCAGGACAUUUUCAGGAACCAUGACUGCCGCGAUACCGCUCCUCUUCAGUGGAGUCGAUCUCUGAGCAAAGACACAGGCCUUGGAAGUACAACUCAGACACAUGACACACCCAUGUCUUGUCUUGAUUUAUUACACACUCCGACAAUGAAGCAAACAUUAGAGAGGAACACAGGCUGCCGGGGAAGUCCUGACACUCAUGAGGACACUCAGAAGAGGUUGGACAGAAGAACAAGAGACAAAGAGGAAAUGGAGUCUCGGAGAGAGGAGGUCAUCUGGAGACUCGGGAGGCUGCUUGGGGACACUUGUGAGGAGGAUACAAUGACAGGGGAAGCACACCCUCUUUCAGACAGUGUCUGCACUGAGGACUUUGUCAUGCGCUUCGGUGAAGAAAUGGUUGAAGUGGCAUUGCCAGAGAGUUAUUUUCAAAAUCAAGACAUAGGAGAAGAGGCUGGGAGGACAGAGACAUCUGACAGUGAACAAAAAGGACAAAGUGUUCUUCAUGUUAAAAGACGAGGUUCUGCAACACAGGGGAAAAGCAGUAAAGAAGCAGUGACUGCUCACUAUUCCCUGUUAAACAACCCAGUUCAACGAAAGGAAGUGGAGAAGUGUUUUUCAAAUAACUUUGGAGUGAACACAUCACAUAGUGAGAAGGCUCCACAGAGGCUUGGUCACAAUAGCAGCUUGUCUCACAGAACAGAGGUUGUAACAGAACGUGAAAACAAACAGCACAACAGGGGCUGUUCUCCUGAGGCCAGGUGCCUGGCAGGAGUACCUGUGAGGAGUUCUGAUUCUGUGUCCAUUGCAAGUGACCUGGACUCAGUCAGCACAGAGCGAGUCAGACAGCACAUCCACACACGGCCGGGUGAGAGACUGCAGAACCUGUGA